AUGGAAAGUGAAGAGCAGGACGGAGCAGAGAUCAGGGAAGGUCAGACUGAGGAGACCAGCGGAGGACACACCAGGGGAGGUCUGAGUGGGGAGACCAGGGGAGGUCUGAGUAAGGAGACCAUGGGAGCAGAGACCAAUGGAGGUCUGAGGGAGGAGACCAGGGGACGUCUGAGUGAGGCUCAGGCUGAGGUUCUAGAGAGAUGUUUACACGCUCUAAAACAUGCCAAGAACGACAGCCACCUGCUUGCCGCGCUGCUGCUGAUCACCCGUCUGUGUCCUGCAAACCAGCUGGACCAGAUGACUCUGAGGAGGAUCUUUGAAGCGGUUGGCCUGAACCUGCCCGCGCGCCUCCUGGUCACUGCGGUCAGAGGCAGCAGUGAUGGCUCGGGUUUAGCCCCGAAUGAGCUGCUCUCUCUGGGCACCGCUCUCCUGGCCGCCCUCAGCACUGACCCAGACAUGGCGUACAAGCCCCAGCUCCUCUCCACAGUCCCCCUCCUGCUGCAGAUCCUUUCCACCGGACCCCAGCCAAAGCACCGCGAUGACAACCCAACAGGAGGAGACCCGACCUGCCAGGACUCACACCGCAGUGAGGCUAAACCAGAGCACAAAGACAACAGUGAGACUAAACCAGAGCAGGGAGGAGACAACAGCUCAGAGAACAAGGAGCCUCAUGUUUCCUUCCAAGUGGAUGAGGCCAUUGCUGCAGACUGCUACCAGGUGCUUCUGUCUGUGUGUGCACAGCCGCUUGGACCGGAGCAACUACUGAGUCGCGGAGCUGUGCGCGCGCUGUGCCAAGCCGUGCUGAGGGACCAGACUCUAAGCCGCGAACAGGGACUCCCUCUGCUGGCCUUUCUGCUGUCAGGGAAGACCAAGACCAAGGCCUGGAGCAGGAACUGUGGAGAAGUACUGGGGCUGCUGGACAAACUCACAGAGGAUUUUUCCAAAGCUCCAGAGAGAGACAGGCUCAAGAUGUGUGUGACGCUUGUGCCGUUUGUUCCAGCGCUCGCAGAGGGUUCAGAGAGGGCGAGGGGAGUGGUCAGGCGGGUGUGGGCUGUGUUGAGACCGAUGCUGCAGUCCAAGCUGACGCCGAAGCAGAUGGGGCCCGUGCUGGUUCUGGGGGCCUGUCUACUGGACGUGUGUGGGUGGGAGGAGGUGGGUUCUCCAAAGUUCUGCUGCCUCCUGGUGAACCGUGCCUGUGUGGAGCUGAGGAUGGAGCUGGAGGAACCUCCUGGGUCCAGCCUCAGUCCAGAGACGCAGCACACCAUCACCGCUUGUUACCGCAUCAUGGAGGCAGCCAUGGAGCAGGCCUGUAUGUCAGAGAGCCAGGCCCCAGUGCAUAGCUCUGUUCCUGGGCUCAGUCUGCAGCAGAGCAGGCAGGUCCUGAGGGUCCUGGAGGAGGCCUUCUCUGCCGUCAUCUACCAUCUGCGACAGGUGGAUGAGAGCCGCUUCGGGGAGCCCUUUGUCUUCGCCUCGUUCCGGUCUCUGUGCUCGUGGUUGGCAGAGGAGACUUCCUGUUUGAGGGAGGAAGUGACCAUGCUGCUGCCCUUCCUGAUUGGCUACUGCAGGAGUCACAUGAGCGGCGGAGAGCAAUCAGAGCUCUCUGAUUGGAUAGAGCAGGAGUCAGUGGCAGGAGAGCAGAGGUGGACGGGGAAGGAGCCUCUCAGGUACCUUCUCCCGGCCCUGGGUCACCUCUCCGCUGAGGCAGAUACCAGGAAAGUCCUCCUCUCUCUGGAUGCUCCUUUACUGCUUGUGCAGUUUGUGUCUGAGUCCUGGGAGCGCAUGAGAGACAAGAAUGUGAGGGACCCCAGUGUGGAGACGGCCUGCUCUGCUCUGCUCAACAUCACUGUGACAGAGGCCAACGCUAUCAGGAGUGCCACCUGGUUCCAGACCAUGGGGACCCUGCUGAGUGAGGUUCUUCUGGUCCUGGUUCACAGGCCGAGUCUUCUGGUGCUGGGAGCAAACGUCUGUUGUCUGGGGCUGAUGAUGGGGCGACUGUGGCCUCGUACCGACUCCCCAUCUCCCUCCCAGCGGAGCCUCCUCUCCUCAGCUCUCCUGUUCCUCCGAGGGGCCCUCUCUCCUGGUUCCGCCUCUGGUCCUGUGUUGGUGUCGCCGGUCUGGUCUGGGAGCUGGGACCAUGUGUCAGAGCUGUGGAGGCUGUCGAUGCAGGCCCUGGCCAGCUGUGUCAGGUCUCAGCCCUGGGUGGUGUUGCUGGUGAGGGAUGAGGGCUGGCUGAGGCACACUCUGGACACUCUGAUGGUCUCCUCUGGUCUACCAGAUGCAGAGACACAGCUAGUCCUACAGGAGGCCCUGUGUGCUGUGGCCCAGGUCUGCCCCCGCUGUAGAGGGGACAUCCAGGCCGCCAUGGAGACCAAUCAGGGGGCACUGGCCGGGCUCAGGCUGCUCUGGGCUCACAGAGACAAUAUCACUGUAUGA